CUUUAAACAGUGUGUUACAACAUUUCACUUUCAUUAAUAAUUAUAUAAUGUGCUGUAAAAAGGAUAUCGAAUUAUACUAUUGAUACAUUCACUUACCUAUAUGAACAUGUGCAUAUAUGUAUACGUAUAGACACAUAAACAAUGUGAUUAUCUUAACAAAACAAAAACCGAAUGACUUGGUGAUAACCUCGGACAAAAUCUAUAACAUGGAAUGGAUGAAAUAAUAAAGAUUAUUAUUUUAUUCUUACUGACCUCUAGUCAUAAUAAUCAUUCAUUUUAGUUAUAAACAUACAUACAUGCAUAUACAUACAUACACAUACAUGAAAUGAGCGUCUGACCAACACAUUAUAGACAAACUUCGAAUCAUGAUUAUUUUAGACAAUUUAAAAGUUAACCUGAUAAAACAAAUCUGUCUAAACAUACACUGAAAUGUAUUUAUACACAUAUGCUAACAUAGAAACUUAGUCAAAUAAGUGAUUUCUGUGCCUCAAUAUCUUCGAAUAUUGGAAUAAUUGAAAUGUAUUUGUAUAUUCCAGUCUGUUGAACAUUGAAUUAAACAUAACCAAUUGAAUAGAUAAAUAAUAAAGACUAUAAAAGUGAAAAAAACAAAAUAAAACAACUUUUAUCUUCUAGUUUGAAUCAUAAGAAACCAAAGUAAUACAACAAACAAACAAAAAUAUACCGCAAAUUUUAAAUUCAUAUUAAACAAUAAUAUUUUAUUUAUAAAAAGAGAAAAAAAAUAACGAAACAAAAAAACUCUUAUGUCAACUUUCUCAUUAAAAUUUAAAUAUGUCCAUUGUUUUAUAUCAUUUAUUUAAUAUUCAAAGUUCAAUUUUAUCAUUUUAUACAUUUAUUUUAAUUUUAUUAUUAAUUUGUAAUACAUAUCAACAAUUAAAUAAUUUAAAUCAUGAAAAUUUAUCAAAAAAAUAUGCAAUUAUAACAACUGGUGGAUCACAUAAAUCAUAUAUUACACAAAAAUUAAAUAAUGAUUUAUAUAAUACAGAUUAUUCACGUAAAAUUAAUGUGAAAGUAAGUGAUAUAUUAACACGACAAGCUGAAGCUAUAGCAUCAUCUCAAUUAUUACCAUCAUCAACAUCAUCAAUAAUAUCUAAUAAAAAUAUUCAAUAUAAAAUCAAUAAAAAAUCAGAUUUAUCUAAUCAAUCAAACUCAUUAAUUGAAACUAAUCAAAGAGCUCAAAUUAUUGUUAAAUCAUCUGAUAAUAUUAAUAAAAAUUCAUUAAUUUUACCAUCAAAUAUUUUAAAACAUUCUAUAAUUAAUGAAGAUCGUUCAUGGCCACCAGAACAUUCACAUGAAUUUGAAAGAGUUGAUAUACAUGUUUUAGGUGAACGUAUAGAUAGUAAAGCAUUACUUCAAUUACGUCCAAGUUCUACUAUUGAAUCAAUACGUAAACUACGUCGUAUUCUUGGAUCUGAUUUACAAUAUAAUUGGAUGUCUAUAGAAAAUCCAUUUAAUUUACAAAGUUUAUCUAGUAAAAGUACGCGUUCAACAUUAUUAUCAAAUAUUCCUAAACCUGAUAAUCAUUUAUUAAAUAUUAUAGAUGAAUUAAAUUUUACUGUUUUUCGUCCAAUAAAUAAUGAUGGUUUAAUUUAUCCAAUUAAAAUGACUAAUGAUCAAAUAAAUAUAAUAAAAACUUGGUUAUUACAACGUGCAACAUGUACUAUGGAAUAUAUAUGGGAAGAUUUAGGACCAUUAUUUUGGCCUAGAUGGAUUAAACGUGGUGUUUGUGUUAAUACACAUUCUUGUUCUUGGCCACCUGGUAUGCGUUGUCGUUCAAGUGGUUCACGAUCAUUGAAAUUAUUAAGAUGGGUUUGUAAAAAUGAUUCAGGUAAAGAAGCAUCAAAUAGACGAAGAAGAGAAUUUCAAACAAAUUAUUUAAAUCAUCAUAAUAGAGAUACAAAUUCACAUCAAACAUAUAUAGAUGAACGUAGAUCAAAACGUGUAAGACGUUUAAUACGUAAAUUAAGUUUAACAGCUAAUGGUUAUCAUUGUGAAUGGAAUCGUUAUGAAUAUAUGGUUAGUGAUCAUUGUACAUGUGGAUGUGAACAAUCAUCAAUAAAUUCUAAUUGA